AUGUUGUAUUGUGCAUCGACGCACGUCCUAAGCAUAAAUUCAGUUUACAUCCUUGGUGAUGGAAAAGAUCAACAUGAGCAAUCGAUGAAAAUAUGGUCGAAGGUAAAAGAUGUCUCCAGUGAUAUCACACAGAUCUGUCAACCGACCGACCGUCGAUAUCAGAUCAAUGGCAGUCCAAUGAGCUUCGUGGCAUCUGACAAAAGACUAGAUCAUUUGGAUCCGUCAUUGAUGUACAGACAAAUCAUCAAAGAAAUCCUUUUGAUGAUGAUUGAAUUCGUAGACUAUUACUGUGACAUAUUUGUUGACAAUGACACCGAUAAAAAGAAAGUGAAACGAUUAGAAGAUGAACAUCACAAUCAUACACCCAUCUGGUGA